AUGUCGCUGCUUGGGAUUAAACAGCCGACAGCAAUGACCGUCACUGGUACUAUUGUUAUGAUUGACGAUCCAAACGAAGACGAUGACGUAAACUCUAUGAAGAAAUCAGCAACAGGAGUCAUCUUAAAUCCUCAGCCGCAUGAUUCACCUAAUGAUCCACUAAACUGGCCCGUGUGGAGGCGUGAUUUGUGCUUAUUGAUUGUUGGAUUCGCCAGUUUUCUCGGUGGAGGUCAGUCUCCAUUGUUGACCGCUGGGUUUGGAUCACUAGCCACUGAAUUUGACAAACCAUUAACUACAAUCUCCUACUUGGUUGGUGGCUUUAUGUUGUCCUUGGGAGUUGGUUCUGUUUUCGCUAGUCCCACUGCUGUGCUAUAUGGAAAGAGGUUGGUAUAUAUAGCUGGCACGUUUAUUUUCGCGAUGGGUGCGAUCUGGGGUGGCGCAGCAAAUAGUUUUGGAAACUUGAUGGGUGCAAGAGUGCUAACUGGUAUUGGUGCCUCUCCGACUGAAUGUUUGCCGAGUUCUACAAUUGCUGAAAUUUAUUUUGCCCAUGAAAGAGCCUACAGAAUUGGUCUUUACACAAUGUUGAUGUUGGGUGGGAAAAAUAUCAUCCCCCUCUUGUCAGCCUUGGUGUUUGAGUACUUGAACCGACACUGGUUGUUUUGGAUUUUAGCAAUUUUUUUGGGCUUUACCACAAUCAUGAUCAUUUUAUUUGUUCCCGAUACAUUUUGGGACAGGACACCAACCCCGUCCAAACGAUCGAUUGCAGAAACUGAAGCGGCGCAAAAUGUCAAGUCCUAUCAUCCCCCAUCUCAAAGACCCAAUGCUUUCGCCUUGCAAAACAACCGUCACCAGCCCAGCUCACAGGAUAUACACAGCCUUUCCUCCUCAGUUGUCGAUUACACUACGCAAGGUAUAGUGGAGAAACCGGUGGCCCUUACUGAACCUGUACAACCACAAAUUGAACACAAAAAGAACAGUUUCUGGAAGGAGUUGAAAAUAUAUCAAGGUCGGUUCACCAAGGAUAGCUGGUGGAUGGUCGCCUUGAGGCCCUUUGUGCUAUACACCUAUCCCCAUGUUCUAUUUGGAUCACUUAUCUACUCGCUAGCCGUUGUUUGGCUUAUUGUGAUUUCAGAAACUAUUUCCGAAAUAUUCAGCAACCCACCCUAUGGCUACAGUAAGCAGACUGUGGGGCUCUUCUACAUAUCACCAUUUGUUGGCGGAAUAAUCGGAUCCUUGUCUUGUGGAUUGAUCUCAGACAGAUUGAGUAGAUACUUUGUUUCGAAAAACAGGGGAAUUUAUGAGCCUGAAUACAGAUUGGUUAUGAUUAUCCCAUCCACGUUGCUAAUCACUAUCGGAUUAAUGGGGUAUGGAUGGUCAUCAAAAGUUCAUGAUCCGUGGAUCGGUCCUAUAAUUUUCUUCGGCGCCAUGUCUUGUGGUUCAUCAAUGGCUUCGACCACGGCCAUUACGUUUUCUGUUGAUUCGUACAAAAUGUUUGCAUCAGAGACAUUGGUUUCAUUUAACUUUCUCAAAAAUUUACUAGGGUUUUGCUUUUCGUUAUUCAAUAACAAGUAUGCCGCUCAAGAAGGCUAUAAAUCAGCUUAUGUUACAUACGGGGGUAUUCAGUUGUUUGUCAGUUUGUUUGCCAUACCGUUGUAUAUCUACGGUAAGAAAUUGAGACACUGGACUGAUGAAAAGGAGUUUAUGAGAAGCUUGUAUCAUGAGGAUAAUGUGCCACCUAGCGUGGCUUCAAAAUGCAAAGACGAUUUUGAUGACUCUAUCAGUAAUGCCCCAAGUGAAGAACGAGUCAAGACUUCCGAUGAGGGUGCCUUAUCCAACGUUCAUUGA